AGGACUACAGUGAACCAUACAGAUGUGCCGACGCGAAUAUGAGUGUCCACGUCUACUUCCACAUCUCUAAUGGAGAAAAUCCUUCUGCGCACCUCCUCCAAAGAAGCUGGACCUUGAAUCAGCUUCAUUUUUUCAUUUAACGAUCAGUCUUGACAUUUUCCUAAAGAAUCAUUUGCGGCUGUUUUGCAUCUCCGGGGGGAGGAUGCUCUUUGCCCUGCACGUGACUGUCAUGUCGUCAGCGUUUUUCAAUCCCAGUUUUGCCUUCAGCUCACACUUUGACACAGAUGGCGCUCCGCUGAGUGAGCUGUCGUGGCCUUCGUCACUUGCCGUUGUGGUGGUCUCCUUUUCCGGCCUCUUCGCCUUCGUCUUCCUCAUGCUGGCCUGCCUGUGCUGCAAGAAGGGCGACAUCGGCUUCAAGGAGUUUGACAACACCGAGGGCGAGGAGUACCAGGCGGACCUCUCGCCGUCUUCCCACAAUGGACCCGAGGUGUACAUCCUGCCCCUCACCGAGGUCUCCCUGCCCGUCUCCAAGCAGCCCGGUAGAUCCAUCCAGCUUCUCAAAUCGUCAGACCUCGGCCGCCAUAGUUUACUCUAUCUCAAGGAGAUUGGCCAUGGCUGGUUUGGAAAGGUAUUGCUGGGAGAGGUCAACGUAGGUCUCAGCACUACCCAGGUGGUGGUGAAGGAACUGAAGGCAAGUGCAAGUGUCCAAGAUCAAAUGCAAUUCCUGGAGGAGGUCCAGCCAUAUCGGACUUUGCAACAUCCUGCUCUCUUGCAAUGCUUGGCCCAGUGCACAGAGGUCACUCCCUAUCUGCUGGUCAUGGAGUUUUGCCCUCUGGGUGACCUGAAAAGCUACGUUUGCAGUUGCCGACUGUCAGACUCUGACACCCCCGACCCGCUCAUCCUCCAGCGAAUGGCGUGUGACAUCGCUUCAGGGCUUUUACAUCUUCACAAGAACAACUUCAUACACAGUGAUCUAGCCCUGCGAAACUGCCUGCUCACAUCAGAAAUGUCUGUGAAGAUCGGCGACUACGGCCUUUCUCACAGUCUGUUUAAGGAGGACUAUUACUACACACAAGACCAGAUUUGGGUGCCGCUGCGCUGGAUCGCACCUGAGCUCAUAGACGAAGUCCAUGGAAACCUGCUAGUUGUUGACCAGACCAAAGCAAGCAACAUCUGGUCAUUGGGAGUGACUGUGUGGGAGUUGUUUGAGCUUGGAGAGCAGCCAUACAGGCAGUACUCGGACAGACAGGUGUUGACGUACGCUGUGCGAGAACAGCAGCUUAAAUUGCCCAAACCGCAGCUUCAGUUCCUCCUCUCCGAGCGCUGGUAUGAGGUCAUGCAGUUCUGCUGGCUGCAGCCUGACCUGAGACCUAGCAGCGAGGAAGUCCACCUCCUGCUCACAUACUUGUGCGCUAAAGGCUCUAGCGAUGCCGAAGAGGAUUUCGAAGAGCGCUGGAAUGCCCUGAGACCGAAUUUGCUCGGAAGCCCUUCCCACACGGCGCCCCUGGUUCUCACUCCGACGGUGGCCAAGACCCGUGGCCCGUCCCACGCCCAGGCAGUGGAGCUGGCCUCGUCUGCCUCAUCCUCUUUCCCUCUGCUGGAGCAUUUCUCCGACAGCUUUCACUCAGACACGGGGGACGACUUGCUGACCGUAACUGAGACAAGCCACGGUCUCAACUUUGAGUAUAAGUGGGAGCAAGCCCGAGCCGAGCGGCCCUACUGCUCCUUGUCCACCAGCGGUCCACUGGGCCAAGUGAACCCUCACUACCAAGAUAUAUACUAUUCAAGCAAUGCAAGCGGAUGCAGGACUGAGACAUCCCCGUCCUACUAUGAGGCAGAGCAUCCGGGUGUGGUCCCUGUGUUAAGUGCUAACAGCCCUUCUGUCAGCAGCGAGUAUUACAUCCGAAUCGAAGAAACAUCCGAGUGUAACAGUAACUUAGACGGCAAAGUCGGGGAAUUCAGUCCUGUGCUGGAGGCCGACAACCCUCGGAUGUCACCUGAAAGUCAGACUGGUUCACUCACAGUACACCCGAAUGCUUACUGGUCAACUGCAAACGCGGCCAAAUCAACUGCGUACGAUUCAGAUUCAAGCCCCACUGUGCAGCUAACCAUGGAGCCACUAUUCAGGCAGCCAUCCAACCCCGUGGCGUUAAGCCAGCCUCACGCGAUCGACGUUGACUACUGUGAAUCCGUACGGCGAGUUAGUCUCUCAGAACCACAAAAUUCCAACGUUGAUUAUUCGAUGCCAUUGUCGGGAAAUCAGCCUCGUCUGUCACAAACAGCAAACAGCCCAAGCUUGGGGUUGUGUGAUCCCUACCUUGAAUGCGAAGGCAGCUGCAGCAUGCCCGAUGAUAGCUCCCAUAACACAAUGGGAUCCCUUCGAAAGACAAUACCCAUCGUAGAUCACAUUAGUAUCGAUGUUGAAACAUGUCCUGGAUUACUGGCGGGUCAUCAGAGUAACGAAGAAGUCACAAACUGGUCCUUAAACCAUUCUGCCAACAACAACAUCCCAAACUUUGGCAACAGUAAUAGAGAGAAGAUGGCGAAUUAUUUGGAUUUUGAGUAUAAUGUGCACUGCAACACAACUGAAAUGUGGUCUUUAACCAAGGACACCACCAAAACCUUUCGCAGCUCCAGGACUUGUAAAGAGGAAGCAGAAACGAGAGAAUUUGCUUGUAACGAUGCCAGCAAACUCAACCAACUAGGAUCGUACAUUCAGUUAUGUCACCGAGAGGGUGAUGUUGGUCCAGAGAAAACCAACUUGGCUAAUCAUGUCGCAACUAAACAUGCCCGAGAAGACGAAAAGCAAUUUUUAUCUCAUGGAGAGAGAUUGCAUUCUAAACGCAAGAUAAUACCUGACACAACCUAUACUAAGUCUCCAUCUUUUAAGGAAUCUUGUGGUUGGAAUCAAGCCAUUCCAGAGAAGCAGAGGGCUAACCUUUGGGAGGGAGCUGGAAUUGGAGUUUCUUCCGUUAGAGAUGUACGACUAACUUAUCCUCCAAUAGACUGUAGCAGGAAGUUGCAAAGUGGAGUAGGGAUCGGAGACUCCAGUGCAACCCUGGUGGAGCUUGGAGACUACAGUGAAGAGGAUGAUGACUUUACAGACAUAACAUCAAGCAUUUUUACCGACUUCAACCUUGAUUACACGGACAUACAGGAGGAAGAGCUAAGUCCCCUUAAGAACUCAGAAGGAACUCCUGACCUGGUGGAUACUAUCAACCUUUCGUCUUCAGUGACAAGCACCUGUGACCAAGCUUUCAGCCCAGAAUCUUUCAAUACUCCUGCCCAGCCCAAAUCCCUGGACAGUGGGUACGACACGGAAAAUAACGGCUCUCCAGAAUUUAUAUUUAAAGAGCUUGUAGGUACUCAAACAGGUGGAAAUGGACUUGUGUUGCAAGUGGGAGUUCGACAAAACCUCACUAGCGCGUCAGAGGUCCGCCUAAAGGACAUGAUUGAUAAAAACACGUAUCGAGACUCGGCUUAUUUUUCUGACUACGACACUGAAAAUGACAAAAGCCCACGGGAGGAAAUUCGUAAAUUCUUUGCCGGACCGACUAAACGCGAGUUAUACUCCGGGAAACUGAGCUACUCCCGAGAUUUAAUUAAAAGGGAAUGCAACGAGAGUUGCUCAUCUGAGCCAAACUCUCCCAAUUCUCUUUCCACACCAGAGUUGUCUAUGUUAUCACCGUUUCCUGUACAGAUGGGAGGAUGCCUGACCAAAGAGGCAGCCCCGGACUUUGACGAUCUGGAGUUUGAGACUGAACACCAAGAGGAGCCCUGCUCGCAGCUUAGCUCCUCUGCUGAUCCGGAACCUUCCUCCACCAUCCAGGAGGCCUCAACAAAUUACCGCGACGGAAGAAACAACUCUGAAGACUGUUGCCACGUAGAGAUUUUACGAACUGACUCCACUGUAUCCGACUAUAAAGACGACGAAUCCAAAGAGAAUGAAAAUACCGAUCAAUCCACAGAGGAGGAAGAACUGCCAGAAUUCAAUCACGCGGAAGCGCUGCCGGACAGAGCGGAAACGGUCAGGAUAAACGAGGAGGACUUCGAGGACAUCGACGCUGAGGAAUCGGAUUCCCAAGAUAGCUUGUGCGAAGUUUCCAACGGUGCUGCCGAAGUGUCGUCCGCCUCUUCGCUACUAGAGCUGUGCGGGGAGGAUGUAAGAGCACCACUUGAGGAGGCGGAAGACGAAGAUGACUCUGACGACAGUGAGUCCGACGAAGAGUUGCGGACCUACAGCAUCCAGGAGGAAGACUCCAGCGAGGGGAGCGAUGAGGAUUUCACAGCAGUGCCUGUGGUGGUGAGCGACAGCAGCAGGGCGCGGCAUCUCCGCAGCCUGCUGAAGAUGCCGACGCUCCUCACUCAGUCCUUCUGUGAGGAGCUGGAGAGGAAGAAAAAGGCAGUGUCCUUCUUUGAUGACGUCACCGUAUUCCUCUUUGACCAGGAGAGUCCAACCGGAGAACUGGUGGACUGUAGCUUCCCCACUGAAGAGACGUCCAGCGGGAACGCGACACAGGAAGUAAACACCUCCAACAUGAAUGAAAACAUGUCCAAUGAAAUUGAAAACACCUCCGACGUGGAUGACAUGUUCGACACAUCUAAAGUUGAAGUUUAUGAGGCGCAGUGUGAUUCAGAGAAGUCAGACUGCGACAAAGCAGAUCAAGGUUUUGAGUGGGAGGAUGGCCCAGCAUUAGAAGAAAGCCAAACGUCACCCGGGUUGCAAGCAGCACCCGAUUCUCCUUCAAACAGUCCUGAGGUGUCAAAAUCUGUAGCACUGAACCGGUUUAUGGUCUCCAGAUUCUCCAUCACGCACGUGUCAGACACAACCGCAACAACGGGGAAUGCUGAAAACAGUCCAAAAGACUGAGGGGUCACCGGUGGACUCAUUUGUUCUCUUCCCAACACACACAAAAGAAACAUUACUGCAUUUGUAAUGUUUUACAGAGUUUUAUUUUUAACGGUCUGUUUAGAUAAUCUGACUGUCGGUGGACCCUUUAUGAGACAGUGCCUGGUAUUGUAGUGAAACCCCUCGUGGUGAUUUGCACAUUUUUUCAUUUGCAGAGGAUUUGCUGCUGACGACGGACGAUCGGUCGGUCGGUCUUCACCUCCGAGUAUAUGCCAAACAUACUGUGUUAGCUUAAAUGUUGUCAUCCAAGAUCGUUUGUGUAAAACGGCAUCAAAAAUAGCUUCUUUCAUUGGCUGCUUCUGCUGAACAUUUUCAAAGACUGUUAAAUGCUCUCGAUUCAUUUAAUCUCUGUGGUGGAAAAUGAAAUGAUGUUUUUGUUUUUUUAUAAAACGUGAAUGAAGGCAAAUAUUAGACGGAUGAACAGUGAGUGGAUAUAAAAGGUCUACACACACCUGUUCAAAUUCUGUGUUUUUAAUGGUAUACAAUAUGUUUUGGUCCGAUUUUUUUAAUCACUGUUAAAAUCAUUUGCAGGGCAAAAGACUUUUUUUGUAAUAUUAAAAAAAUAAUAAUUAAGUUAAUUUAACCCAACAAGGUCCUUUGAUUUCCUCGUAUUUAGAUGUCAGGUUUUACUUAUGAUUAAAUAUACAUAUAUUUUUUAUGAUUAAUCCUGAGUUUUAUAUAUAUUUUUAAUAAAUAAAUACAAUUAUGAAACAUGAAUACAACAUUUAAUAUGAUUAAAAUAAAUAAGGAGGGUAUGAUUUAGUUUGAUGGUCAGUAAACUCCCGAGGGUAACUCCCUGCUGAUUAUGGGGAAUUCCCGGGUCACUUCCUGUUGAUUUCGGGGCAUUUCUGAGUUGUGUUUUGGAAUAUAUGGGUCACCGCCUAAUGAUUUGGGGUCAUUACUGGGUCACUUAAUCUUGAUUGUUGGACAUUUCUGGGUCACUUCCUCUUGAUUUCGGGUAAAUUCUGGUUGAUUUUUGAACAUUUCUGUGUCAGUUCCUGUUGUUAUUUUGGCAUUUUGGGGUCACUUCAGGUUGAUUUUGGGGCAUUUCUGGGUCACUUCCUAUUGAUCUUUUGGCAUUUCUGGGUUACCUCCUGUUGAUUUUGGGUGACUUCUGGUUGAUUUGCAGCAGGGCAGAGAACAAAAAGUGGUAUUUACCAUGUGGCAAAUGUGGUAAAAUGGAUUUUUCCAUGUGACAUUUUUUAUGCCAUGUGGCAUUUUUUUUGCCAUGUGGCUAAAUUGAUUUUGCCAUGUGGUGUUUUUUUGGCAUGUCUCAAAAUAUAUUUUGACAUGUGGCAUUUUUUUGGUAUGUGGAUAAACAGAUUUUGGUUUGUGGCAUUUUUUUUUUUUUUUUUUGUAUGUGGCAUUUUUUUGGGAGUAUAUGGCAUUUUUGCAGGCCAUGCACGUCCAUGCCAUUGACAGCUAUGCACGUCCAAAUUUCCAAUUCAUUUUAAAUUGGAGGAAAACGCGUGGCUGUGAUUUUUAACCAUUCUAUUACCAUUUCAGUGCAUUCACACUCAGCUGGCACCCAGGUUAGGCUAUGCUAUUGACGGCUAUGCACGUCCAAAUUUUCCAUUCAUAUUAAGUGGCAGAAAACCAUUUGUGGCUGGGAUUUUUGACCAUUACAGCGCAUUCAAUUUUGCCACACGGCAAAAAAAAAAAUGCCACAGGGCAAAAUCCAUUUUGCCACAUGGCAAAUACCACUUUUGGUUCUAGCUGUCACCCUGAUUUUGGGGGAUUUCUGUGUCAAAUCCUGUUGUUUUGGGGGAAUUUGCAAGUCUCUUCCAGUUGAUUUUGGGUAAUUUCCGGGUCAUUUCCUGUUGAUUCCGGGGCAUCUCCAAAUGAUUUUGGAUAAUUUCUGAGUUGGUUCUUGUUGUGUUUUGGAAUUUUUGGGUCUCCGCCAGUUAAUUUUUGGUCAUUUCCAGGUUACUUCCAGCUUAUUUUCAUUACCUGGUUAGAUAGUGUUAAUUUUGGGGCAUUUAUGGGUCACUUCCUGUUGAUUUUGGGUCACUACUGGGUGAUUUUGCAGUAUUUCUGGGUCAAUUCCUGUUGUUGUUAUUUGGGGAAUUUGCGGGUCACUUCCAGUUAAUUUUGGGUCAUUACUAGGUUAAUUGAUUUUUGGACAUUUAUGGGUCACUUCCAGUUGAUUUUGGGUCAUUACUGGGUCACAUCCUGAUAAAUUUUGGGCAUUUCUAGGUCACUUCCAGUUGAUUUUGGGUCAUUUCUGGGUCACAUCCUGUUGACUUUUGGGAAUUUGCGGGUCAUUUUCCAGUUAAUUUUGGGUGAGUUCUAGGUCAGUUCCUAGUGAGUUUUAGAAUUUUUGGGUCACCUGCAGUUGAUUAUGGGACAUUUUCAGAUCACUGUUGAUAUUAUUUAAUUUAAAAAAUAAUGAUAAUCAUAUUUAACUCAUAUCCUGCCAUUGACAACAUCUUUUAGCGGCAUCUGGGGAGUUGGAAGCAAUCGUUCGCUGCUAGAUCUCCCAGUCAAUAUAAAUUUGGACGUCAAGCACCAUCAAUGUGACCUACUCACACGCAGUGUCCUAUAUCAUAAAAGUGGCAUUUCAACCAGGGUGUGUAGACUUUUGAUACCCACAAUACCUUAAAAACAUGUGAAGGAAAGAUUUGAAAUAAUUUCCCCCUGCAAUGCAAGAACACCAAAGGGACAUUUUAAGGCACUUUUUCAGCGCAGCCAUGUCAUAAAUGUACAGUAUAUCGUCUGUGUCAUCUAUAUGGCUCUUUUCUAUGUCUACAUAUUGUUGCAUAUUGUUACGAUUAGGGGUGGGAACCUCUGGGUACCUCACGAUACUAACGAUGAUCUCACGAUACAACAAUUAUCGAAACAUGGGUCAGGAAAUCAUUCUAGGAUAGUUGACAAAAAGACUAAUAAACAGAAAAACAAACUA